AUGCUGCAGGAGAGCGAGAAACGCAUGGCGGCUGCGGCUGGCUCUCCAGCGCGUCAGGUGUUCGAUUCUCCAAAUGGACAGUUCAACAAUAGACAGCCAGGUGAAGAACCAAAUGCCCCGGCAGACCGCGUCUGCAGGGCGCCCUACGCAGGUGAUUUCCGGCUGGUUGAGGAACCCCCUGAGUUUUUCCUGGCUGCAAAUCCCUCGACCAAGCAAUUGGAGGCCUUUAGAGACUUCACGGAAAGUGCAAGGGCGGCCAGAAAUGAGUUCUUAAGGGGCAUGAAGGCCUCUGACAGCGGUGUAGAAGCCGCAGCGGGGUCUUCAGCAUGCAUUCGCAGCAAGUCCGCUUUCCUGAGCCGCACUCUCAGCCGACCCACCAGAGGCACCGAGUCACAUUACGCAGCUAAGUCGCAAGAAGUUCCGCCGCUUAAGUAUCCAGAAGAUGCAUCCGCAACAUCCGAUGCCGAAGCUGCAGUUCCAGCACCAGAUGAUGCUUACCCGGAGGUGCCCGAGUUAGCCGGCAGCACUCGCCUGUUGCGCUACCUUCAAGGUUUUGACUACGAUGCGACAGCCGCCAAAAACGCCUAUAGACGCCAUAUGAAAUGGAGAGAAGAAAUGAGCCUUAAUUCGAAUAAGAGGAGAAUAGUUGUGGAAUCAAUGUUGUUGCCAAUGAGGCCUGAGGCUUCCCCGAAGCACACUGAUGUCACACGUUUUUUCUCCACAAAUCCUGUUCUCCGCCGUGAUGCGGGAGAAGGUCUAAGCGUAGAUGUUUGUGCUGCAGCUGCUGCUGCAGCCAGUGCGCCGGGAGGCGGGAACAGUUUAUUGCAGGCGCUUAGCGAUAAGGCUCUAGAUGCCGUGAUCUUAGAUAAACAGGGAAACAUCAUUUCCAUAGAACGGCCAGGAAUGCUCGAUGUAAACGGCUUGUUUUCGGCGGUUUCAGAAGAAGAGUUCUUGGAGUGGCAUUCGGACAUUUUGGAGUUUCGAAGCAUGCUCCUGGAUGUGUUGUCUCGUAAGUUCAACAGAAUGGUUCGCGUAACCGCAGUUAUCGACUUGCAGGGCCUGUCCACGAGGAUUUUGAACCGGCGAGCGCUCAACUUGCUGCGAAGGACAAUAAGCUCAGCAAGUGAAAACUAUCCGGAAUCUAUUGGAACGAUGUAUUUCAUCAACACUCCCCGCACGUUCUCGACUCUUUGGUCUGCCAUCCGCGGUUGGCUGAGAGAGAGGACCAUCGACAAGAUCAAGCUCUUGAGCAGCGACGCGGAGAGUGUUUUAGUCAGGAAUAUUGGGGGUUACGCUCUUCCUCCUUCUCUGGGUGGCAUUUGCACUUCUCCAUUGGCAGACUUCCCUCCGCUAGAGACGGACUUAGGCCCAGGAAGUAUGAUUCUUAAUGUGGGGGCUAGGCGUUGCAACCAAGCGGUGGAGUUGAUCCCGCAGAGGUCUGUUGUGCAGUGGGCUUGGGUCGCGGAAGACUUUGAUGUGGGAUUCAGCGCUAUUUGGAGGUCACACUCCGGAGAUGAGAGCAUUCUUGAGGAGCACCGCAAGUACCCUCCCCGCAAGCGAGUGAGCGGCGUUGUUAGUGCGGAACGUGAAGGCACUUUGAUUCUCUCCUUUGACAACUCUUGGGGACUAAUAUCCUCUCGGCGUGUCCGCUACAAGAUUGAAGUCAUGCAAGCACCGCCUGAUGCAGUCCCAGAGCACAUUUGCACAGAAGCCGCGAAAGUCGGAUGA